AUGGGCGGCGGCGGUACGGCGACGCUGGCCCUGGUCUUGGUGACCGCGGCCGCGGUCGUGGUGAUGGUGGCUGGGGGCGUCCGUCCUGAAGUGCUCGGCUACACCGAGACGGUGUGGUUAGACCGGCAAGGACCGCUCAAAGGCCUCAUCACCACUGUCGGUGGAGGGGCCGAGCAGCGGCUGGACAGGGUCGAAGUGUACUUGGGCGUGCCGUACGCCGCGUCCCAAGAGAGGUUCAUGCCACCUGGCGAGUCACCUACGUGGUGCCCGAAGGCGGACGAUGGGUCAUUCGACAGGAGCCACUGCCGGCCGCUACGGGCCGAGUAUCUGAAACCGGUGUGCCCGCAGCGGCCGCCCGAUCUUCUUGUGGCCAACAAGCGGCUGUCGGCUGUCCGGCAGAACUACCUGAAGCGGCUGACGUCAUACCUGGGCAACCAGAGCGAGGACUGUCUGUACCUGAACAUAUACGCCCCUCAUGAUCCAAAAAACGAAAUGAACGAUGAAGCGGGAAACGGUUACAAAACAACCACCAAGAAGAGCAAGUACGCUGUGAUAAUGUUCAUUCAUGGGGAAUCGUUUGAGUGGAACUCUGGCAACCCGUACGACGGUUCCGUGCUAGCUAGCUACGGAAAAGUUAUUUUUAUUACAAUUAACUACCGCGUGGGCGUUUUAGGUUUUUUAAAGUCCAACGGUGGAGACAUUCCUGCUAGUAAUUUCGGCCUGUUAGAUCAAAUGGCCGCCUUAGAGUGGAUCAAGAAUAACAUACAAGCGUUUGGCGGUAACCCAAAUGCGGUUACGGUGAUGGGACACGGUACCGGUGCAGCUUGCGCGAAUUUUCUAAUGAUGGCGCCACCGGUCAAUAACAAUAAUUUAUUCCAAAGAGCUAUACUUAUGAGUGGUUCAGCUUUGUCCGAUUGGGCGUGGGUGAAAAAUCCAAUCAUGAACACUAUACAAGUUGGCCAGUCGUUGAACUGCGAGCCAGGUGGCAACGAGAAAUUUUUCGAAUGUUUGAGAAGGAAACGGUUUACGGAUCUGGUGUCGACCAAGAUGUACUUACCGCCGUUCGUCACCGUGUUCGGUCCAAUGGUCGAUGGCGUGAUGAUUACCAAUGAACCACUGCCGUUAUUGAAAGAACACAAGAACUUAAUGAAAAAUUAUAAAAUCCUAGUCGGCGUCACAGAAUAUGAAAGUUACCACUUGCUAGAUAGCGUGUCACUAGCGCAUGGUAUGUUAGAAAACGAACAAAACAAAGUAUUGUUGGAUUACAUGAAAGCUAAGUUCGAACUUUUUCCAGAUUUCACUCUUACGGCCACUUUAGCACAAUACACCGACCGUAAUCGAACGUGGUCUUCAUCGGGAGCUCUGGAAAAUCGUGAUGUCUUGUUGGAUAUUCUAAGUGAUGCCAUGGUUUUAGCCCCUUUAACACAACUUGCCGAAAUCCAGUCAGAGGUCAACGAAAACACGUACUUCUACGUUUUUACUCAUAGAAGUACUUUUAGCGAAUACGACGUGGUAAAAAAAAGUAUAAACGGUGAAGAUUUACCGUAUGCUUUGGGUGUACCAUUGGGUGGUAAUACAAUUCAUCUUAAAACUCAAUAUGAUCCAAAGGAAAAAAGAUUAUCAGAAAUGAUAAUGACUCAUUGGAGUAAUUUUGCUAAAACAGGAGACCCAAAUUUUUCAAAAAAAUCAUACCAAAAUGAAUGGAAAAUGAAUAAUGUACGAUGGCCGAAAUACAAUACUGCAAAUCAUGCUUACUUGGAACUAAAUUUAACGAAUAGGCAAAGAGUGAAUUAUAGAACAAGUAAGUGUAAAUUUUGGAACGUAGAUCUUCCACAAAGAAUUGAAGAUGAACGGCAAAAAGAUGCAGAACAGUCUAAGCCGUCGUACUCUUCGUUGCCUGUGAUACCGAAAGAGUCCCAACCUCCGUGGCUAGAUCGCGAACCAAUAUUCAGCUUGCCCACAUUGAUGCCAGACGAUCCAAUGACAAAGCCCGAUGAGUUCCCAGAAGAACCCAACCCUGGCGAAGAGCCUUCGGCUGAACCAUCCGAUAAGACGGUCCAGGAAACCGUAGAAGCGUCGUCCUCUUUUGUCGUGUCUCUGAUAAUUAUCAUCGGGAUACUUUUUCUGUUGGUCAACAUUUGCGCAUUUGGCGGAAUUUACUAUCAGAGGGAUAAGUUGAGAGUUCGCGAACGUUUGUUCAACAACCGGUUUAGAUGCAACGGUGCGAACACGAGCCGGACGUUUGACGACGACGACGAGCAGGACGACGUGUACAUGAAAACCACUGCAGAGGAACCAGAAAUAUCCAACGUGCACAAGUUCAACAAGAACCAAGCGUACGAUUCAGUCGCGUUGGCCAGCGUAAAACCAGAGGCAAUCGGUGGUAAACGGUUGGGGAAGUGGGCGGAAAUAUCUAGACAAAGAAGUAGUAGCACGAUAACUAUGGACCCACACACCCGAGUCAAGGAGUGGAUUAACACGGAGAUCAUACAACGGUAUUCCCCUAGAAUUUUGAGGAGACAGCGGAGGGAAGAUAAAAAAAGGCAGUUAGUGUGUGCUGAAGACCCGUCGGUGAUGGCUGAAAAAUCUGAAGUAACAGACGCUCAUAAAGCAGCUGAAAAGACUAGAAAUAAAGUUUCUGUCGGUAUUGACGCAACGCCGGCAGCCCGGACGAUAAGUGUGUUAAAACAAACGCCCAUAGAGCUGACGAAAUCGAUGGACGCGAUGGGUCACUUAGAAAGAGUAGAAAUAAAACCAUCGCUAUCGUUGGGUUCGAUUAACAAAAAAACUUUGACCAGAAGCGACGCACUCAACGAUUGUGAUGACUUAUUAAUGUCUUCGCAAGACACGUUGCACAAGAGUUCCACUAGCAUUCAAUUGAAACCCGCUGUGAAAGAGAAGAGACCCGGCAUUAAGGUCACUCAUGGAUACUCAAAAUCGGAACCGGCGCGAGAUAUCCCAAAAGAACCUUUUUACACCCAAGUGUGCAAGCCAAAGACGUUGGCCGUGGCUUCGUCAAAAAAUGCCAGCUUCGAAUCGAGCUCGCAUUACGAAGACAUAAAUGUUACAUCCAAGGAGUAUGCGAUGAAUGGUGGCAACGGCGGUGUAGACUGCUGUUCGGAUGGCGGUGGUGGUGUCCGCCGGAUCAAAUACCCAAAAGUAUUGCCGGACUUCCCGGCACAAUGCGGUCCAGGUAAUGAGCGUAGACUGUCAUUGCCUCCACCGUUGGCGGGAAUACCAGAGGGGUCAGGAAAAAUACCUCCACCGCCUCCCCCCCGGGUGUCGUCGACGCUGGGCAGGAAGAAGGAUAAAGCGGACGCCAUGACCGUCGCUGGGCCGUUCAACAGGCAACCGCAACAGGACACCAUACCCGAGGAACACAAAUCCCUGGUGGUGCCCUGCGUACCCAACAAAGUUUGUCCCGCGGUACAGGCAGCAACGGCCAUGACGUUAACCGUCAAAAAACCCGUCGAGCCUAGGAUCGUCAUCAAAGCCAGUUCGGUGCAGCAGAACUCGCAGCACCAGCACCCACAGCACCUACAGCAACAGCAACAGCAGAAGCAACCCAAAAGGACGAACAUACCACGAGUAGUACACCCGCAAAACACCGACCGGAACAACAAAACGACGGCGGCCGGAACCGAAGGUGACACGGGCACGAUUAAGAGAAAGAAGAAAUGA